UUUCUGUAUUUGUCAGAACCUCCGUCGAUUGAAACUGCCUACAACACAAGCUCUUCAUCCAUUCUUGUUGGCUGGAGAAACGAUCAGUCUUCAAGCAACAAUAUUUCAGGAUACAGAGUAAGCUACUGGGAAGGCAACUCGUCUCUAAGUAUCCAUAUAGUUCUCUGCCCUGAGUGGAAUUUAUCAACAAAUUUAACGAAUUUGAAACCGUUUACGAAUUACUGUUUAGAACUUUCCUCGUUCACAAACACCACCGCUAGCAACAGAAGCCAAUGUCAGUACGUGACUACAGAUGAAGCAGGUGCGUUUUUGCCUCAGGGAUCGGUCAUUAUUUAUUCAUAAAAAAGUAGACCUGAUCUUCACCUAAGGCUCUGUAAUAUUCUUAUGAUUCUCUCCUCAUUAACCCUUUCACUCCCACAAGUGACCAAGACAGAAUUUCUCCUUACAAUAUCAAUACAAUAUCAAGCAGGCAAGUGAUGAGAAUAGAGAAGAAUAUCAAUCAUGGGAUUAUUGGUUGAUCCAAUACCAAAUUCUCUGAACUAACAUCAUAAGAAUUGUAUGGCAGAUAGUAAGGAGAAUUACUAAUCAGAUCUUGAGAGUGAAAGGGUUAACAGUUAAUUGGCAGUCAAUUUUUACAGUCCCCGCUUUAUGCUCUGUUGGCGACAACCGAUUCCACCUCCGUUCCCUCUGAUACCCAAAAACCCUCCAAAUUCCCUCCCCCCCAUCAAUGAAGACCGGUCCGUUAUCCCUUAACACACAGUCGCAGCUGGAUUUCCGGGACAGGGCGAAGGCCACAAUCAUGCCCCAUUGGCAUUAUGGGGUACGCUAAGUUCAAUUUGUUACGGAUAAAAAAAUUUUGUUAUCUUUCUAUAUACAUCGUGCGAACAAUAAGACCUGUGACCUUGACGUAAUUAACACGAUAUCUGAUAGGUUCUCAAAGUAAAAUAUACAAAAGAGUGAUACGUAAAACUGUAUUCACAUCUACAUAUAUCUGCGGGGCCAAUGAAAUGAUAAUAAUAAUAAUGACGAAAAAAAUGGUGUUGAAAAAGAAUCAAGGAAAAAAUAGCAAAUUUUCUCCCUUCCUUAAUAUUUUUCUUUGCAUAUAAAGGCCUAAUAAAGAGGCUUAGAAUUUUUUGUUUUCUCUUCCUAACCCUCUCGUACGGAUAAUAUUUUUCAGCUCCAAACGCCUCACCUCAAAAUUUGACUGCUCGCUGGAUAAACCCUACAAGUAUUCGAGUCACAUGGGAUCCAUUACCCCCGAUAAAUAGGCGAGGAAUUAUAUUGGGAUACAGAGUAUUUUACAAGAAAGUGACGAACACAAAGCGAAAGAAAAGAAGUACGGACAGUUCUGUUAAAAAAACCACUGUCAACGCACUGAUGAAGGACCUGGUGGGACUCGAAGAGUCAGCGAAUUACUGUGUGUGGGUUGAAGCUUACAACAGUAAGGGAAGCGGCAAUAAAACAUCCCACAUCUGUGUAAACGCAAGUGAAGACGGUAUGCAAAUAACACUUCUCUUUCGUUGAAGAGUUUGGAUUAAAAAAAAAAACUAAGUAUUUGCCAUCUUUCGUUUGGAAUAAAAUGAACUACUUAGGCUUCCGUUUGUCGAUUAAUUCGCCUUGGAAAGGUACGUAGUUCGUAGUCCCUAUCGAAUUAAGCUUUUAUACUUUUCUUUGGUGCUUGUUAGCAGAGGUUCCGACGAUAGCGCAAACGAACAUUGCAAGUGAAUUAACAUGAAAAAGUUCUCAGUUCAAGUGAUUUUUUAUUAAAAAGGUGUCUCACUAAUUCCUUGGUACAAUUUAUGUCUCAGAGAAUUUCUUUAAUUGAAGUGAGCUUCUUCGUCAUUUUUUCCGGAAAUAAAAUGUUUACUAGAAGUCUACACUAAGUCAAAUUAAGCCCUUUGAAACUAACUAAUGCACUGAACACUUACACAAACUAACGCAUUUUAUUAACUGGAUCAUUUUCAUUAUUUUAGUUCCAGGUGGAGCUCCUAAACUCGAGGCUGAGGAGUUUUUUAGUCCAAACGCCAUCAAGCUCACGUGGCAAUUAUUAACAGAGGACCUAUUUCGAGGGAUUAUAAUAAAAUACAAGAUAAACGUCACACAAACAAGAAAUGCUAACAGACCACCUACAGAUCCAUGGAAUAAAUUGAUCGACAUCAGUGAUUCUUCAGAAACGUCGUUCAUUCUUGGUAACCUCUCAUUGUUUUCUACCUAUGGGGCUCAAAUUUCGGCAUGUACUAUAGCAGGAUGUGGAAACUAUAGCAAUACAGUAUUUGCUGGUGAGCACGACGUUUUCUGUGGAUACUUGUACUAGAACUUUAAAAAACAAUUAUCAAUGGAGAGGCACACUUACGAUAAAACGGUUGAAUAUGAAUAUACUAAAGACCCAUGUGGUCUCAUUCGACCACGCAAUGUUCGUUAGAGUCCUGAGAACAUAAGACAAAGCUGCAUUACUUAAGGGAAGCAGGCUUAGAACACCCAUCGGAGGAGAAUUUUACCAGACAUAAAGCAUAUAUUUCAAACGAGAUUAUUUCAAAAAGUAAAUGCUCUGCCAUUGCUGAUCACCGAGGCAAAAAAUCCUGGACCCAGUUGUUAAAAUAGCGGAUAAAACUAUUCAAUAAAAAUAUCGCUAUCCAGCGGAUAAGUGUCACCACAAGGUAGUGCACUGAACACUGAAGAUAGAUUUACCCAAUGGAUAGCGUCAUCCACCCUUCAAACCACUGAAGCCUGGUCGGUAAAGUAACCUAGAGCUCAGAUAUGAACCCUGUAGGGUAAAAGUAAUAAAGUAAGAUUAUGAUCAGAUUCUUAUUUUUUUUUAACUGUCAAUCGAAUUUAUCUGCAGAAACCUGUCGCUGUCCAAAGUAUCUCUCUGCCUCCAAAAGCCAGUCAUCCUUGGACCAAGGAGGAAAUGAUUCAAAGAGUAUAGCAGACAUUAUCGCCAACACAGUAACAAAAUCAUGCGGGUACUGUCAAGAACACAAUGAAACUGUGCUGGUAUUUUCCAACAAGACUGAUGAAGAAUCUAAUCUUCAAUUUCCAGUCACAAGGACUGGUGCAAGAGGAAGUGAAUUCAGCAAGUUUAUUUCUGUAUUAGAGGUGCCUGGGGUGUUAGUUGUGAAGAGGCAGGACAAUGGUUCUUCUCGUUUCUACGAAGAAAUUAUGACUGGUUCUGUGUUUGAUAUCUGGCCAAUCUUUGUUGUGUCGCUAUUGACUGUUUAUUCAGCAGGUGUACUCGCUUGGUUUUUGGUGAGCAUGUCACGGUUUUACUAUGAUAUAUUUAUAUAUGUUUAUAUAUUACGUGCUGUCUUUUUUAUAGUAACCAAGAAAUGGGGUCGACAUUUGAAAUGAUGAUGUCUGCAUCGAAAUAAUUGAAGUCUAAGUUCCUUUUUCCGCUGUCACAUUCUCCAACAAGAUAGGUUAUCACCAGCCAUAUUUGAGCAUUAAUAGGAAAGUUUGUGCGUCAUACCUGUGCAAUUGGACAGUACAUGUCAUGUGCGCAUGCUGUUGUCGGGCAUUUCGCUGAGUUAACUGGUUUUAAAAACGUGCAGUUGCUGGCUGAAUUGUCUCUCAAAUUUUGUCAUUAUUGAUAAAAUCACAUUGCAUCAUCCAAACAAAUCGAGCUCCUGCUUCGUGGUCGUCCGAUUUUGUUAAUCACUCUUACGAUUAAAGAUCGAAUUCGACUCCUCUAGUUUUAUUACUAUCAUCAUUACUCAUGGAACGAGCCUCUAAAAGCCAUUUGUCUUUUUGAUAGAUGGAAAUUCUUAUUUCAUUGUCUUUUGAUUUUAGGACAGGGAGGAACAAUCCUCAUCUUUUGUCGCGGGAGUGUACGAAGGAUUCUGGUGGUCAUUCAUCACCAUGACAACAGUAGGGUAAGGACGUCAUCGAUCUGACGUAAGAGCUUGAUGACAUAAUAGAUUAAAUCCAGUAGAAGUUAUGUCCAGGAUAUGUGGGUUGAUUGAUGGAUUAAUAAACAGGAACUACAUCAAUAUAUUUUUUUCAUCAAUGUAGUUAUGGCGAUCGUUGUCCAAAGUCUAAACCAGCAAGAGCGUUUGCAAUCGUCUGGUUACUUAUCAGUACAGUUCUACUCUCAUUCAUCAUGGCCGCCAUGUCAUCCACUUUAACUGCUACAGUGGUUCGGUCACAGAAAAAGGACUUCAACAUCGAUCGAAACAGCAAGGCGAGUUCUUUCUCUUAAAGUCAUGGUGCUGAAUUGGACUAGACUUAACCCUUUUACUUCCAUGAGUGACCAAAACAGCAUUUCUCCUCAAAUUAUCAACACAAUAUAAAGCAGACAAGUGAUGAGAAUAAAACAAAAUAUCAAAUAGGGAAUUAUUAGUUGAUCAAAUACCAAGUUCUCCAGACUAACAUCAUAAGAAUUGUAUGACAGACGUUAAGGAGAAGUACUGAUGAGAUUUUGGUGAAAGGAUUAAGCGCGAACAUAUUUAUCGACGUAGUUUGCGGUCAGCAAUGGAUUAAUGGGUUUUCAAAUGCAACGUUCAAACGGGUAGCAAUUCAUAACAGUUCAUACAAAAAGCAAACGAAAAAUAAAAGUUUCUCGGAAUAUUUGUCCUCUCAGAAAGGUAUUCUGUCGUUUCCAGGCAAAACACCAGUCAAUUUAGUGUAUCUUAGUCGGAAGGAGUGCUUUUUCAUCACUGUUCUUGAAAAUAUCGUUGACAUGAUAUUUUUGAUACUAAGAAAUUUAUUGUAAGCAUAACGUGUUGACAGUUUUCUUCCUUUUCCUAAACAGGCAGCAGCGGUAGCUAAUUCUCCAGAGUAUAAAUUGGCUGUGGGAUCACUCAGUGCCAAGUUGAAGCUCAGUAGGUGCCUCUCGUGCUCCUCCUACACCUCAGCCAACCACACCCACACCCACCUUCUCUUCCUCAGGGUUAACCCCAAUCACGACUUUUCUUUGCUGAGCAGCUGACAAUCGUAAUAAGGCCACACUAGUAACAUAUGUUAUCUACUCGCUCAUUAGGCUCAGGCUGCUGUUAUUUUGAGACUUGUUAGAAAAGGACCACUCAUAAUUUAUCGGCUAGGAAGGGGGUUGCUCUUUUUUGUAUCUUUAUAUUAUCGCCUCUACCCAGUCAAAAUGUCGUCAAUGACUCAUACUCCUCUAUUCAUAUGUCUUUCCUGUUUAAUUUUAGCCACAAAUUACUCAUCAGUAGAGAGACUCAUCAGAGCACUCAAGGAGGGCGAAGUUGAUUAUAUUCUUGUUGACAUGUAUCUUCCUGUUAAACGCAAAGAUCUCUUCAAUGGCUCUUGGUUCGAAAUUGCGGCGCUGUACAAGGCAGAAAUAAGUCACGGGAUUAUUCUUCGGGGUGACGCCCUAAACCUCGCGUCUGCGUUGGAAGAGAUGAUAGCAUACGAUAACGUGCAGACUAAUUUUCUAAAAAACAGCAACGAUGACGAGGUAUGAUGAGCUAUUUUAUCAGAGUAAUUUAUGAGUUUGUAUUCUAAAAGCAACAAAGAACUACAUGAUGGGCGUGAAUAGACGGAAGGCUCUGGUGGUGUGUGUGACAUAAAUUUCUACGGCUCACACACUUCUCUUGUUAAAUAUAUAAAAGGUAUGACAUAAGUCACAUAAAUGCAUAUUCUCCAUUAAAAAAACAGCUUUUUUUCUAACAGGGAGCAGCUGAGUCGACAUCCAACGAGUAUCUGUUCUUCGAUCCGGCCAGUCCAUUUUACAAGCAAAUCAUAUUCGCGGGCCUGGGUAUCCUGUGCAUCUUCACAGUUUGUGGGCUGGUUUAUCAAACGGUGUACACCAUAAACAGAAAAUGCCAGACGAGUACGUACCCCAAUUUUCUUACUUUUCCUACGAGCAUUGAAUAAUUUACCCUCUCACUCCCAUCUGUGUCAAAGACAUACUUUUCCCUUACAAUAUCGAUACAAUAUCAAGAAGACAAGUUGAUUCUCCCCUAUGUUCUUUCAAUUUUUUAAUACCUUAGUGUAAAAACAAAUAGAGAAACUCCUUUAAAUCAGUUUUGCUGACAUUUUAGGUGAACAGGAGACAGAGAGGGAUGAAAUCCAAAGGGAACUACAAAACUUGGUCGAUGAAUUUUACCGCUCUCUUCGUCAGAAGUAUGAAAGACUCAAGAAUAUGCACAAAAAGGAAUUAAUUAUAGUGGCUCGUCAGGCUAGAAAUGAACUCGAAGCAUGCGCAGAAAAACGAAAUGAGGCUAUGGUCCCAUGA